UCUUCCCGUCUCCCAUCCUGUUCGCCUCCCUCCCCCCCGAUAUCCCCAGGAAACUAGGGUUUCGUCGCCGCCGCCUCUUCCCUCGCCGGCGGCCCCUAUCCACGCCGGCGGACCCGACGCUACCGCCUCCGCUUCCUUCGCCAUCUCCUUCUCCACCUUAUCCGUCAUCCCGAUCUCAACUCGCCGAAUCCCUGCCGGCGGCCGCCCCGCAUCUCCGAGUGCCCUCCCCGACACGACGCCACCGUCUCUUAGCUCCCGCGGCCGCCGGUUCUUUUUCCUCCUGCGGAUCCGGACAUCCCCGAGCUCUAGCCGGCACGUGCCUCCGCCCCGCCACCUGUCAUCUUCGACUCACCGCCGCCGUCGCCAGCCUCCUGAAUCACCUCCUCAGGCUGCCGUCCACGCCGUCCUCCACCACCUCUUCCUCGGGUCCCCAGGCUGCCGUCCACCACCUGCCCCGGUCGCCAUCCACCUUCUGCUGGAGAUUAUGGAUUGCGAUUCUUCAAAUGUACAAAUGUCACAUUGUGCUGAGGAUUCUGAGACUACAAUAGAGAUCAACAUUAAAACCUUGGAUUCUCAAACAUACAAUUUGCGUGUGAACAAAUGUGUGCCAGUUCCUUUGCUAAAGGAAAAAAUCGCUACCGUAACUGGAAUAUUGUCUGAACAACAACGCUUGAUUUGUCGUGGGAGAGUCCUAAAGGAUGAUGAACUUCUGUCUGCAUAUCAUGUUGAAGAUGGUCAUACGUUGCAUCUUGUUGUUAGACAACCAGGCCAGCCAGCAACAUCAGGAAACGCUGGAAAUGAAGCUCCUUCAGCAAAUUCUGCUCACCAUCAUGGCCCCACAGUUGCUCGCAGUAUUGUACUUGAGGCUGUUAAUUUGGAUCAGGGGGGUGAAUUCUCUAGCCUUGCUCAGAUUCUCCAAAGCCUGUUUAGCGCAGCUUCGGGUGGACCAGCACCUUCUGAUACCAGACCUUCAGAACCUACACAACCAUCAUUCCCAAAUGGUGCCAGGGUUGAACUUGACCAACAGCAGGCUUCUCUACUUUUCCCUGAAGCGACACCUGGGUCAUCAGAACCAAAUGUUAUCCCUGAUUCCUUGACCACUAUUUCUCAGUACAUUGAGUUCAUGAGGGAUUCAUUUAGGAGGGAAGGCUUCAACGAAAAUGGACAACCCAUAGGUAACAUUGACCACAGAAACACACAAAGUGCUCAUGUUGGUGGUACUCAAAAUCAGGAAAGCCAGCCUGAUUCAUCUUCUGCACAGCAUGGACUUCCUACUGCAUCAUUGCUAGCUGAAACAAUGUACUCGACCAGACAACUUCUUGUUGAUCUUGCUGGACCAUUGCUAUCUCAACUAUCUGCGCAAUUGGGCGAUCUUGUGAAUGUAAGUGACUCUGCAACGCGGAGGAACCUUCAACAUGGCGCAAUGAGACACGGUGUUCUCCUCCAGAACCUUGGUUCAUUACUUCUAGAACUUGGCCGCACAACAAUGAUGCUUCGCAUCAACCCUGCACCUUCAGAAGCGGUUGUAAAUUCUGGACCAGCUGUUUUUAUAUCUCCAUCUGGGCCAAAUCCUCUUAUGGUUCCGCCUGUUCCCUUUUUUCCAGGAGCAAGAUCUGUCCAAAUGGGUCCGAUAUUUUCUAGUCUUAGUUCGCAAGGCUCCGUUCUACACCCAAGAGAGGCUGAUAUCCAUGCCCGUACAAGUGGUUCUGUGCCUGUAGCCAGUACUAACCCAAGUGAACCGGUUGGGGCACAGCAAGCACAAGAACGUACAGAUAGAACUGGAAAUGCUUCUCAUACAAACGUUAGAGAAGCAUCUGCGCGAGUUACAGGUGGUGCUCCUUUUGCUGUUGGGUCUGGAGUUAGACUGUUACCACUUAGAACAGUUGUCGCUGUGCCUGCUGGCAUCAGGCGCCCUCCAUCAGGUUCUUCUAGUGGAGGAGUUGGUGUUAUUUAUCCAAUGGUCACCAGAAUUCAACAAAGAGUAAAUACUAGUGGUAGUGAUGCACGAAAUGGUCAAACUCCAAAUGAACCUGGUCGUAGUGACACCCAUGCCACUGUGCAGCCGAAUCCUCAGCCAUCUCAAGCUCACGAAACAGGUAAUCCAGUAUUUCCUGUCGAUGUCAAUGUGAGCAACAGCUCUCAGGCCUCCCCUGGGCAGCAGAAUGGCCAGUCUCCUUUAUUAUCUCAUUUGAUGGACAAUUUCCAGUGGAUUGGAUCAGCAUCUUCUGUAGGAAAUUCCCGCGCAAAUGUCACGAGUCAGCAUGUCCCAAUGUCUUCUGCUGAGCAGGUAGAUGUUACAAACCGUGGAGCACCUGAAGUGCCAGGGGUUAGCAAUGAGGGGAUACGCUUUGCUAAUUUUCUCCAACAAAUCAUGCCAUUUAUCUCCCAAGUCGAAAACCAGCCUCAAAGCACCCCAGGAGAUGGUAGCAGUAUUCCUUCACAGGUUGCGUCUGGGAGCUCAAACAGUGCAAGGGAUGAGCCAAGUGAUUCUAGGAGGAAUUCACAUGAUCAUAACCGCGACCCAGUUGAUGGCCCCAAUUCUAAAAGGCAAAGAACGAGUGACUGAUUCAGAUCGGCUUUGCUAUUGUUCGAUGCUGCUGCUUUGCAGUAGGUGAGUUGAGAAGUCGUCCAGUUCUUGCAGCACCGGAGGAUUAAUCAUGAUAUCGAGAGUCGUAACCAUAUCGAAGAGAAGUGAAUUUAGUUGGCAGUGUAUAGUUGAGCAUCUAGGACAUUAGGCGAGGCACCUGUGCUUCCUUUUUCCGCUGCAGUUCUUGUAAUCUUUUACUUUCGAGAGCAUAUAUAUAGAUGCAUCUUGUAUGCAUCUCCAGUAUGUAGAAAUCAAUUUUAUUCAAGGUGUAAGUAUCCUUGCUAUUCUCUUCCGCAAAUUAACCAGUCAAUUCUCUUUAAUGGAUUGAGGCUUUGGACUGGUAAAAAAACAUUUUAACUAUUAUCGAGCCCUUUUGGUUA